AUGACAACAACCGCUGAGCGCCAGGCUAAUUUCGAAUUUCAAGAAUCGGACGCAGCGCGCAGCGGAAUUCGCUCGAUGAAUUCAGUGCAAUUGCGAAAAGAUGAGCAUGGUAUUCCCGUUGGCCGUAUUCACCGUCUGCUUCGCAAGGGCAACUAUGCCGAGCGUGUUGGUGCUGGUGCUCCUGUGUACUUGGCUGCUGUGAUGGAGUAUUUGGCCGCUGAAGUUUUGGAGUUGGCUGGUAACGCAGCCCGUGACAACAAGAAGACUAGGAUUAUCCCUCGUCAUCUGCAAUUGGCCAUCCGCAACGAUGAGGAGUUGAACAAACUGCUUUCGGGUGUCACCAUUGCCCAGGGCGGUGUUUUGCCUAAUAUUCAGGCUGUUCUCUUGCCCAAGAAGACCGAAAAGAAGGCUUAAAUUCAAAUUCAAACUCGCAUAUAACACAAAUCAACAAAACCCAAAACGUCCUUUUCAG